CCUAUUUCAUCCAGCCACCCUGGGAUUGGUGACUCUCAGCCCCUCCCCUUGGCUCCCCCAGACCCUCCCAGAGCCUUUAUCAGGGAGCUGGCACUGAGUUUCAGCCACCUUCCAAGGUCCCCUCCAUUCGGCGUCUUUUCACAGCAGCAGCAGUAGCAGCGGCAGUAGCAGUGUGCACUGAGGAGGCUGGUGAUACUCCCAGCUGGUUCCCUGCUCCUGCUGGACAGUCUAUCAGGGUCCCAGGUUUGGAGUGGCUUUACAGACACCAUGAGACAUUCCCUGCUGUUAGCAUUCAUCCUGGCUCUCAGCCUGGCUGGCUGCUGUGGGGCUGCCUGUGAGGAGCAGAUGUUGACCCGCCGGGGCAGCAGCAAGGAUGCAGAUCUGCAGUCAUGGCCUCCAUCUUCUGUGCUGCGGAGACUUCACUCUGGCCGUUCAUUCUCUCUGGAGGAACUGCUCCGCGUGCUGGGCAAGGCUAGCAUGGAUCCCAAGGCAGUGGCUUCAUCUCCCCAGAAACGAGACAUGCAUGACUUCUUUGUGGGACUCAUGGGCAAGAGGAACAUGCAGCCAGGUAGCGGGCUGUGGAGGUCCAAAGGAAGGGUUUGA